ACUCUGAGAAACAUCAUGCAUAUCUGUCAGGUGCCCAUUUCCAUCGUGGGAGCCUCCAGCAAAAAUGAGUCAAUAGCUAAGGGUGACCACUCCCACGGGCUGGCUUUCCGGCACACCCACAAACAGCCCAGCCUCGGGAGUCAGCCCGCAUUCCAGGGACCAGACCGUCUGCAGGGUGCUGCUCUCCACUCCUCUGGCAGGGAAACGCUCUUGGAAGGGCUGGAAAGGUGCCGGAGUCCAGCCAUGCUGGCGCUGCUCUGUGCCUGCUGGUUCCUGGUGGCCUGCGCCUCGGGCGCCUCGGUGGGCUCCGAUGCCAGCUUCGGGGGCCCAGAGGAGCCGAACCGAGACCUGCGCGCCAUAGUGAUGGAGACCGGGGAGGAGAUGGUCCGGCGGCGGCGGGAGGCCACCACGCUCUACGCGGCCUGCCAUGUGCAGCCGUCAGCCAGUCUGGACGCCGCGGAGCCCCAGGUGACCGGCCUGGUGCUGUUCCGGCAGCUGGCGCCCGGGGGCCGGCUCGAUGCCUACUUCGAUCUGAAGGGCUUCCCCACGGAGCCCAACACGUCCUGCCGCGCCAUCCACGUGCACCACUUCGGGGACCUGAUGCCGGGCUGCGAGGCCACCGGGCCGCACUACAACCCGCUGGGCGUGCCGCACCCGCAGCACCCGGGCGACUUCGGCAACUUCGCCGUGCGCGGCGGCAGCCUCUGGAGGUACCGGCCCGGCCUGGCCGCCUCGCUCAGCGGCCCGCACUCCAUCGUGGGCCGCGCCGUGGUGGUGCACGAGGGCGAGGACGACCUGGGGCUCGGGGGCAACGCGGCCAGCGUGCAGAACGGCAACGCGGGGCGCCGGCUGGCCUGCUGCGUGGUGGGGCUGUGCGGGCCCGAGCACUGGGAGCGCCUGGCGCAGGAGCACCAGCAGCGCAAGGAGCGCAAGAAGCGGCGGCAGGAGAGCAAGGCGGCCUGAGCGCGCCUGUCCGCCCGCCCCUCCGUGCGGGUGCCCUGACACCCCUCCCAGCCCCCCGAGAUCCCCUCCAUGUGCCCCAAGACCCUCCCUCUUUUUCCAGAGACACUCUGUACCCUGAGAUUCCAGUCAGGCAUGCUGAGACACCCCCCUCCAUCCAAAGGGUAGCCCCCCCCCCUUCGGAACACCCUCACCCUGAACUCUAAGAACCCCCAGAGGUACGCCCCUCCAUUUACCAUAUACUCCAUCUACCCCGAGGGCCUCCUAGACUCCUGAGGUCCUUUUCUACCCUGUCACCCCUGCCCUCACCCCAGGAGCCCUGAGAUACCUCUAUGCCCUCAGGACACGCCUCCCCCCCAACUCCUCCACCUCCUAGGUUCUGCCAGGCUCUCUGAGGCCUGUCCUGGGGUUGCCUAGAGUCCCCACCUCCCCACCCACCGCCAAUGCGUGGCCCUGCCAGCCGCGCUGCCUGCCGGAAGGAGCUUUGGGCUAUUUCUCGCCACCCUGCGGAGAGAUACCCUUUGGGGGGUCUGGCAAUCUUCACGUUGCACAUUAAAAACGCAGCAGCUCAGUACUGCA